AAAGGCUUUUAUAAAGUUGAUGAUUAUUUUAAGUACCGCAAUGAAUGAAAUUAAUAGUCGUCGCGUAGCUUUGUUUUAUAACGACUAAUUAUAUGUACCAACCUAUGUCCUACAGACUUUGAAGUUGUAUUUAUUAUUGAAAUACGUAUUAUUUUGGUAAUGAUAUGAUUUAUGUAAAUGUCAUUACUUAUGAUAAAGAACUGGUAAGUUUAUUUCGCUUCUUCUUCUUGUCAGCUAAAAGACAUCCUGAAGAAGUGAUAGAGGAAAAAAUUUUUUUUGGACUAUUCAAAAGUGCUUGUAACAAUCUUACUUGAAUAAAGAUAUUUUCAUUUAAUUUUAUUUUCCUUUCAUAUCAUCGGUUUUUGUUGUUCAAGUAAUACAAUUUUUAAUUUAGUUUAAAAGCCGUUUACAGUGCUUUUUCUUGUGUUCUUCUUCAAAUAGGCCCCCCUGCCUCCGAAAUUAUUGUUUACACGAUAUAUUAUAAGGAGCACUUACAAACAUUCUGGCUAAAUAAAAACAAUAAAAUGGUAAACCAAAUAUUUCGGCAGAAUAUCCGGAAUACUAUUCGGUUAUUCGGUAAUACCACGGCGCAUCUCUAUUAAAUAUAUUUAAACUUCUUGGGCAUAUACCACUACAAAGCAUAGAGCAUAAAGUAUCCAAAACUCCAGUUUGUAUCCUGUGUUUCGUAGUAUCUAUCAAUGUUUACAUUUAAAAAAAAAAACGUCAUUUUUUUUCUUGACAAUUGGAAACUUGUAUUGUAUGUAGCGUUGUUAUUUUCGAGCUUUUUUCGUAUGCGAAAUAGUAAUUAAGUCAUGCUUCCAUCGACUGGUUAUUUUAAAGGUAUUAAUUGUCCGUUUUAUGAUAAUGGGUUAUGUGAACGCCCUUAUUGUCAUUUUCGUCAUGUUAAAAAGGAACUACAAAGCACAUCCAAUGAUACUAUUGAAAGUGGAGCAAUUCUUCAAAAAUUAGUGUCUGCGGCGGUUCAAAAAGUGCUUCAACAAACUGAUUCGGUAGGGUCGACGACUGAGACAGGCGUCACUACCAGCGAUAAAAAUAACUCCCAACCAUCAGCAAAAGUCACAUACAACCCUACUCCCAUUUCUGAAUUGAAAAAGAUAAAUUUAGACUCAGAAAAUAAGGAUGAUGAUAAUGAUAAAAAAAGAAGACAUAUCCCAGUACCUUAUACCCCUCGGAAACCAGCUAGUUUGCCUAUAAAGAGAUCAAUUGAUACAAAUGGUUCUUCUAAACCAUUUAUAUAUAUACCACCUUCAGUCAAAUAUACACCUGGAUUGACUGAUUCAGUUCAACAAGAUCAAUACACUCCAAAAGGAGGAACAGAAUUGGAGAAUAAGUACCUACCUGGAUCUGAGACAGAAAUACCAGAAUACAAACCAAAUGAAACACAGAAUGCAACUAGUAAACAUAACUAUGUUCCCUCCGAUAAGAAUGUCAGUAAAAAGAAAAUACUAGAGUAUAAACCUGCCAAAGUGUCAUCUAAGAAUGAAUCUUCAACGGUAACAUAUCAACCAACACCAAGAUCUUUAGUACCAUGCUUUUCAAGUGAUGAAGAUGAACCAAAUGGUAAGAAGAGAAAACUCUCUGGUGAUCUUAAUGGAUUUGAUGAUUUAGGUCCAGAGUUUGAUAUUUUGGAUCAAAUUCUCGAUGAAGAACAAGCUGUACAAGAUAAUGAAUUGAAAAGUAAAGAAGUACAAAAUAAUGAUAACAGUAAUGAGAAUAAACUGAAAAAAGAAAGCAUAAAAUCAAAUAAAGAUAAAGAUAUUAAAGAAAAGUCUUACAAAAGUUCUAAAAAUGAAAAGCAUGAAAAAUCUAAAAAAGAAGAGUCUUCUAUACAUGAUAAGCAUAAAAACAAAUCCAAAGAACAAGAUAAAAAGUCAAGUUCAAAGAAAUCUAGUAAAGAUUCCAAAGGGGAACAAAAGUCCAAAAGGGAUAGAAAAGAAAUAUAUGACAGUGAAAAGAAACGGCAUUCUAGUUCCAGAAGCUCUCAGGAAUCCUCCAAAAAAUCAAAACAUCAUUCAAAACAUUCAGAAAAAGCUUCUAAACAUUCCGAUAAAUCCAAAAAUGAUUCAAAAAGUAAGAAAAAAUAUGAUCAUCAUAGAAAUCACAAGAGUUCUAGGGAAUCGAAAGAUCAAACCAAACAUAGAAAAAGCAAGGAAAAACAUUCAAAUGAUAAAUCUAAUAGUGACAAUAUUAUAACUGAUGUUUUUGAUUCAAAUUGUGAGGACUUAUAUGAGUUAUCAGAAUCAGAUGAAGAGUCUAGGGCAAUGGAAUGUAAAAGAAUAUUUGAAGAAUAUGUACCUACAGAAAAAAAGUGUCUUGAUGAAGUUGUUGAUAAAAUAGAAAACACAAUAGAAGAUGAAUAUGUACCUACUAAAAAAAGAAUAUCUAGAACUGUGGACAAAAAUAUUAAAGUAAUCCCUAAAGUACCAGUAAAACCAGACUUUAAGGUUAAUGCUGCUCAAGCUAUGUCAGAAAGAUUAGCCAAGGUUAAAGAAUAUCAUGCAUCAAAAAAAUUAGAUACAAUAGAACCCUCAUCUAAUAAAGUGGAGAGUCUUAAAAACGUGAUUGGUACUUCCACUGUUAGUUCUUCUAAAAUUCGUAUUGCACAUGUGCCUUAUGCUUCAACUUUGAUGAAUGCCAAGAAGACUAUAUCACCAAGUGUAAGUAUUUCAAAAAUUGAGCCAUCUACUAGUAUUACAAUAACUCAGACUGUCAAAAAAGGUACCCAAAGAGUAGCUCAUAUGCCAAAUGAGAAAUUCAUUGAUAGACCAGGUGUUCUUGAACCAUUGGGUUCCAAAAUAGCUGCAAAUAUUAGGUCUACUUAUUUAAACAUGAUGAUUGAUGAAUGUUUGAAAAUUUAUGUGUCAGCUGUAGAUGCCUAUGCAAGAGCGCAACAUGAAGAAUUAACAACAAGUAAAAAAUGUUCUACUAUCCAAAUAUAUAAAAACUCUGCAGUCUUGACAGUGAACAGGUUAAGGAAAGAGUUUCAAGAAUGUAAUGGUGUUAAAAAAUCUGGAUCUGAAUGUUUAACUUUACAAAAAAUCCCAGUAGCGCCUAUAGGAAAUUCAAACACUGCUGGUACAUGGAGUAUAGAGAAUAAAAAUAGAAGGAUUGUUGAUAGUUCUAAAGAAUUCACUGGAGCUAAACUAUAUAACAACAUACGUAAGUGGCUUUUGACAGAAGAGCAGUUACAAGAAAACGGAUUUCCAAGGCCACAUCCUAGUGGUGAUAAGGGACGAGCAAUUAUAUUCGGUCAAAAAAAACAAAACCCUCCGAAAGGUUAUAUUAGAACUUGUUGCAGGUGUAAAAAGGAUUACACCGUGGAUAAAAAAGGUUUUGCAGCAGUCAAACAAGAAUGUAUUUAUCAUCCUAAUAAUAAGUAUAGGGUUCGUGGAGAGGUUCGUUAUCAGUGUUGUAGUCAAGAUGGUUUUUCUGAUGGGUGUUGUGUUGCUCCCAGUCAUGUUUAUGAAUAUGUUGAUUAUGAAAAUCUCAAAGGUUAUGUUAAAACAUUGCCACCUGAAACAGAAAAGGAUGACUAUGGUGUAUAUUCACUUGAUUGUGAAAUGUGCUACACUACCCAUGGGUUAGAUUUAACGAGAGUAACAGUAAUAAAUAGUGACUGUAAAGUUAUUUAUGAAACACUGAUAAAGCCAUUACAUCCUAUUGUGGAUUUUAAUACGCGGUAUUCUGGUAUCACAGAGGAACAAAUGGCAGGGGUUAAAACUACAUUACUGGAAGUUCAAGCAACUCUGCUUGCAAUGUUUAAUAAUAAAACUAUCCUUAUUGGACAUAGUUUAGAAUCUGAUUUUAAAGCACUUAAAUUAAUUCAUGAUACUGUUAUAGACACAAGUGUAUUAUUUCCACAUAAAAUGGGUCCUCCAUACAAAAGAGCUCUUAGAAAUUUAUCAUCAGAAUAUUUAAAAAAGAUAAUUCAAAAUUCUGUUGAUGGCCAUGACAGUGCAGAGGAUGCUACAGUUUGUAUGGAAUUGAUCAUUUUCAAACUAAAAGAAGAUUUGAAGACCAGGUGAUGUUUUUAAAAAUAUAUAUUUUUAUUUGUAUUUUAGAAUUUGGGUUAAUUCAUCACAGUUACCAUGGAAUGAACAAAAUAAUACCUAAUAGCUAUUGGAACAUUUAAGAAAACAAUCUUUUAAUAUUUCCUAUUUGAGGUCAUAAGUGACAGAUUAGUUUCCCAUUUCCUUGGGGGCAUGAUUAGAAUCCUAAAUCAUUUGAUAAAAAAAAACGCUAGACACGACAUCGCCUAAUAAUCAAAACUCAUACUCGAAGUGUUCAUUAAUAGUAUAUAGAAACACAGCUAU